UGAUUAUUAACCGCCCUCUCUCCCUUGCGCCAAAAAUAUGUAUACACUUUCCAUUUCCCUCAAAACCCCUAAUUCAAAACCUUUCUCUUCCUCCUUUUCCUAUUUCAUUCCCUGAGACAAAGUUCACGGCAUUUCUGUAAAUUCCGAGAAAAUCCAUGGCCGAUUCGCAGUCGGACCCGAAUUUCUUCAGCGUACGGAUCGUCUCCAUCGACUACUACAUGGCCCCGCCGAUCCCAGGCUUCGAUAUCUGUUAUAGUAGCUUCCACGGUGGGAAAGUGAAUGAGGUUCCUAUUAUAAGAAUAUAUGGAUCUACGCCGGCUGGUCAGAAGACUUGCUUGCACGUUCAUCGAGUUUUACCCUAUUUAUAUGUGCCGUGCUCAGAUAUUUCGCUUCAAUCGGACAAAGAUGGUGAUGCAUGCACACAUGCCAUAUCUUUUGCUCUUGAGAAAGCUUUAAAGCUUAAAGGUAAUACUGGUUCAAAGCGACUACAUGUGCAUGGUUGCAGCCUUGUGCGAGCAAGGAAAUUUUAUGGUUACCAUUCAUCUGAAGAGCUCUUUGUGAAGAUAUAUCUCUAUUAUCCACAUGAUGUCUCACGUGCUGCCAAUCUUCUUUUGAGUGGUGCAGUUCUUGAUAAAAGUUUACAGCCCCAUGAAUCACAUAUUCCCUUUAUUCUCCAGUUUCUGGUUGACUAUAACUUGUACGGGAUGGGCCAUAUGCAUUUGUCAAAGAUGAAGUUCCGCCAUCCAGUACCCGAUGCUUUCUCACGGAGGAAAUGUGAUCGUAAUGACCCAAGUUGUGAUGCAUCUUUACGUUCACCAAUAUGGAUAUCUUCAACAAUUCCAGCUGAUUGGAUGUGGCAAUUUCCUAGCGAAUUUGAGGCUUCAUCAGAUCAGGACAUUCCUUUCAUUAAUCGUCAAAGUGUUUGUGAACUUGAGGGGGAUGCUUCUAUAGAUGAGAUUCUUAAUCAGCAGUUUAAAAUUUAUUCAUCUCUUUCACAAACCCGUUCAGAUGUGAAAAUGGUCCAGUCACUUAUACCAAUUUGGGAGGAGGAGUAUGAAAGGACUGGAAUGCAUGAGGUGGCAAUGCCUCCUGAUCCUGGCAAACCACUUCCACAAGAUGUUCUUAAAACUCUCUCACUGGGUCUUGAAUUUGAGAACAAACUUAUUGAAUUGUGUGGUGACGCAAUCACAUCAUCAACUGUUAAGGGAAAUUCGGUUGGACUUGGACAUGUUAACCCUGACAAUAUAGAAUUAGAAGCUUUGAAGUGUUCUAAAGAAACAGAAAUAGUUGGAUCUUUGUCACCACAAGGUUCAAUAUGUGAAAAAGAAGACGGUACCAGAUCUACUGAAGGGAGGGAUACAAGUCAUAAACCAUUGUCUACUAAUGAAAUGCGAUCCUCAGCAAUUACUGAAACACCAGAUCCAAAGGCUGCAGAUAAGGAAGCCCUUGGUCUUCUAAGGUGGCUUGCUACUUCUCAGGCUGCCGAAGAUAUGAACUCUGAUGAUGAACUUGUUUGUGAGACCAUUCUGAGUCCUUUGUUGCCUUCAAGAACCAUUGAUAAGGUGCUGGAGAAAGCUAAUAUGGAUUAUGAGAGCGAGUCUCAAAAAGAGUGUCAAGACAUUCUUGAUUCAAUUGAUGACUUGAUUGACUUUGAGGGUCUGAAGGAAAGAGAUUUACAUCCUUCUGAUCAGAAUCAUUCUCCUAGAACUUCAUCAGAGAACAUUAUUCCACAAGUGGAUGGCUCUGGGGAUGAAUUUUUCUCAACUCCUAGUGCUAGAUCAACUGGAAAGUCAUCUGGAAUGGAGAUUAGGGAUGAACUUGAAGGGUCUUUGGAAUGCCACACAUUGCAGGAUGUCGGUGGAAGGUUCACCAGCAAGCACAAAAGAAAGCAAUCUGUGUGGGGCUCUUUACCGUUUUCCACGACGAAAAAGGUGAAUAAUGACUUGGAUGCUGUUGGUUUCCACAUAAUUGAUUCCUGUGUCCAUGAAACUAAAGCUCCUGAAGGUACAAGAUGCUUGGCUAUCAAUGAAGCAGGAAGUUAUGCUGCUGGUUUUUUGAAAAAUGCAGAUACAGAUGUUCGUGAUUUAAAGGAAUCAAGUACUUUGGUUGGAUGCUCUGUGCGGGAUUUGAUGAGGAGAAAGCGAAGCUACCGAGUUGAACCACCUGAUUGUGGGUCUCAUAGGGAUAAAAGGGUUCUUUUGGAAGGGGAACAAAGAGAUGGCAUAAUUCUCUGCCCUAGACAAUUAAAUGACAAGGUUGACGGAAAACCUAUUGAGUCUCUCAAUUUGAAGCAAUCUUUUACAGACCAACAGACGGAUUUCCAUAAAGCUUAUGAGGUUAAUGUGACACAUUUGGAUUGUUCCGUGUAUGAUAAACACCCUCUUUUGUCCAGCAGUGAUAGCUUGUCACAACGUAGUAAGUUGAAAGAUGGAAAUUUUGGUUCUCAUGAAAAAGUUGCUGAUGGGUUUGGCAUAGUAGCUACCACUGGACCAGUGGAUUUCACAGUAAAAGGUGCUUCUCAAGUGCAUACUGUACCAUUGCUUUCUAAGCCCAACAACGUAAAUUCUGCAGCUUCCACGGCCCAUUGUGAAAUUUGCAAUGAUAAAGAGUCUGACUUGGGUGCAACAGCCAUGACUAAUGAGAGAUUUCCGCAAAAAGAUGCUGCUGCUUCAAGCUGUUUGCAAACUGGUCUGAUUGAAUGUAAAGUAUCUGGUGCACAUUAUUCUAUCUAUGAAAGCGGCCAUAAAUAUGAAUCGUCUGUGGCAUGGGUACAUAAUAAAUCUUAUGAGAAUCGAAACACCGUGACGGACUCAAUGGGUUUGCUAAAUGAGAAUUGUGGCGGUGAAAAACAGGGAAGGGAUUUUGUUUUUUCUGGGCUUGGCAGCUCAGCAUCCAUAGUUGUCAACACACAGGUGAAAUGUACUGAUCUAAUUGGCAUGACCUUCUCCAAGAAACCGCCUAUUGCAGACUGGACAGAUGGGACAACUGGAAAUGCUUCUUUUCCACCUACUACCUCUGGCCUGGAGGAGAAAAAUUAUGAGGGAACAUCAGGGAGAGAUUCGGAUGAUUUUCUCCCUUUUUUUGAGGGUGACUGUCAAGAAGAGAAAAAAGUACUGGAGAAGCAUGCUAGAAAUAUUGACUCUAAAUCUGAUCAAGUUGUCAUGGGUGUCUCUACUCACUUUCAAAAUGAUGGCUCCUACUUGUACCUUUUAACACCCGUAUAUUCACCUCCUUCUGCAGAUAGUGUAUGUAGAUGGCUGUCAUGCGAUGACGAAGGUGCUUCUGGAUGGAACAAUGUGGCAUCAGUGGAGCCAUCACCAUUGAAAGGUUCAUCUAGCAGUUUGGUUGGUUCACAAAGUUCUUUGCCUGAUGAUUGUGACAAGGCUUUGCCUGAAUCUUGUUCUGGAGGAGGAGGUAUUGUGAAAGAAAAAGCAUGUGCUGGUUUCUCAGAAGAUAUAUCUCAGAUUUCAGGACCAGACGGGAAAUCAAGGCCUACUCCGCUUAGUCAAAGUGGAUUUCAGGACCCUGCAAGUGUUGGUGGUGGUCAACAAUUGACAUUGUUAAGUAUAGAGGUUCAAGCAGAAUCAAGGGGAGAUCUCAGACCUGAUCCUCGAAUUGAUGCCAUCAAUAUUAUAGCUCUUGCUAUUCAAACUGAUAAUGAUUCCAUUACUGAAGUUAAUGUGCUAUUGUGUAGCAAAACUGAAGCUGAUAACAGAAGUCUUGAUGGAAUAUCUGGCUGCAAGGUGUUGGUUUUCUCUGAGGAAAAGUACUUAUUUAGUCACUUUAUGAAGAUUGUACGUGCAUCUGACCCUGAUAUAUUAAUGGGUUGGGAUAGUCAAGGUGGUUCUCUUGGGUUUUUGGCAGAAAGGGCUUCACAUCUUGGUAUAGCUUUACUCAAUAACAUAUCUCGGACACCAUCUGAGACCAAGAUGGCUGGAGGUUUAGAUAUUCCUGAGAAAGGACUUCUUGAUAAUAUAUUAACUGAAUCAGUUAUGGAUCCUAUAACAAUAGAAGAUGCAAUCAUUGAGGAUGAAUGGGGCCGAACUCAUGGCAGUGGUGUUCAUGUAGGUGGUAGAAUUGUCCUGAAUGUAUGGCGACUGAUGCGUGGUGAAGUGAAGCUUAGUAUGUACACAAUGGAAGCGGUAGCUGAAGCUGUGCUGAGGCGAAAAAUUCCAUCAUUUCAUAACAAAUUACUGACAAAAUGGUUUUCUAGGGGAUCUGGACAAGGAAGAUUUAGAUGUAUAGAGUAUGUGCUAGGCAGAGCAAGAUUGAACCUUGAGAUAAUGAACCAACUGGAUAUGAUAAAUCGAACUUCAGAACUUGCUCGUGUUUUUGGCAUCGACUUUUUUUCAGUUCUCUCUCGAGGUUCACAAUACCGUGUUGAAUCCAUGCUGUUGAGAUUGACACAUACACAAAAUUAUCUUGCUAUCUCCCCAGGAAGUCAGCAGGUUGCUUCACAACCUGCAAUGGAGUGCCUACCUCUUGUAAUGGAACCACAGUCUCGUUUUUAUGCAGAUCCAGUUGUUGUUUUGGAUUUUCAGUCUCUCUAUCCGUCGAUGAUAAUUGCAUACAACCUUUGUUUUUCUACAUGCCUUGGCAAAGUUGCACCUUCAAAGGCAAAUACACUUGGGGUUAGUUCAUAUUCACCAGAUCCAUAUGUUCUGCAGAGUGUGAAAAAUGAGAUACUGCUCACUCCAAAUGGUGUUAUGUAUGUAUCUCCAAAGGUCCGUACAGGCAUACUGCCCCGUUUAUUGGAGGAAAUAUUAUCAACUAGAAUAAUGGUGAAACAAGCAAUGAAAAGGUUGCUUUCCUCGCAGCAAGUUCUUCACAGGAUAUUUAAUGCAAGGCAGCUUGCUUUGAAGCUGAUAGCAAAUGUGACAUAUGGCUACACAGCUGCUGGAUUUAGUGGCCGCAUGCCUUGUGCAGAGAUUGCAGACAGUAUUGUUCAAUGUGGACGUAGUACUCUCGAAAGGGCGAUUUCAUUUGUGAAUGCACAUGAUAAGUGGAAAGCUAAAGUUAUUUAUGGUGAUACUGACAGCUUGUUUGUCCUCCUCAAGGGACGCACGGUCAAAGAGUCUUUUCGAAUUGGUAAUGAGAUUGCAUCUGCAAUCACUGCUAUGAAUCCAAACCCAGUCACUUUGAAAAUGGAGAAAGUUUAUCAUCCAUGCUUCCUCCUUACUAAGAAACGCUACGUUGGUUACAGUUAUGAGAGCCCAGAACAGACUGAACCUAUAUUUGAUGCUAAAGGUAUUGAGACAGUACGCAGGGAUACAUGUGAAGCUGUUGCCAAGACUAUGGAGAAGUCGUUGAGGCUCUUCUUUGAACAUCAGGACCUUUCUGAGGUUAAAGUAUAUUUGCAGCGUCAAUGGAGCCGGAUUUUAUCUGGCAGAGUUUCUCUUAAGGAUUUUGUUUUUGCCAAGGAGGUUCGAUUGGGUACCUACUCUACAAGGGGCUCUUCAUCGCUCCCACCGGCAGCAAUUGUCGCCACGAAAGCAAUGAGAGCUGAUCCCAGGGCAGAACCACGCUAUGCGGAGAGAAUACCUUAUGUUGUAAUACACGGAGAACUCGGUGCCCGCCUGAUUGAUAUGGUUGUGGAUCCAAUGGAACUUUUGGCAAUUGAUUCCCCCUUUAGAUUAAAUGAUUUAUAUUACAUCAACAAACAAAUAAUCCCAGCUUUGCAGCGGGUAUUUGGACUUGUUGGGGGCAACUUGAACCAGUGGCUUAUAGAGAUGCCCCGUCCGGUGAGGGAAGCCUUUGCUAAACGCCCAAGCUAUGCUCCAAAUCCGCACAGAACCAGAAUUGAUUAUUACUAUCUCUCUAAACAUUGUAUACUUUGUGGUGAGUUGGUCCAGGCAUCAGCCCAUCUGUGCAAUCAAUGUUCGCAAAAGGGAGCUGCUGCUGCUGCAACAGCUGUGAUAGGAAGAACUUCAAAAACGGAGAGAGAGAUGCAACACCUUGCUGCUAUAUGUCAGCAUUGUGGAGGUGGUGACUGGAGUGUCAAGUGCACUUCGCUGGCGUGCUCGGUGUUUUACGAGAGGCGGAAAGUUCAGAAAGAGCUGCGAAGUCUUUCUUCUGUUGCUGCUGAGGAAGGUUUCUACCCAAAAUGUAUGCUCAAACCCUAAACUCUCUCUCAAAUGGCACAAACCCCAUUCUCUCUCCUCCUCCUCAGACGACUCACUCUCUCCUCUCAAAACCCCAAACCCCAUUUCCUCCCCUCUCUCCUAAAACCCUUCUCCACCUCCCAACCCUCCCCAUCCUCCUCGUCAGAGCCACCACCAAAACCCUCCUCCCUCUCCGCCCGCCUUAGCUUUGUCUUCGACCAAAUAGACGCCAUCGACAAACAACAGCACCAGAUCGUCUCCCAGAAGGACCAAACCCUCCAGCGCAUCCGCGCCUGGCGCCAGUACCGAAAACCCCUAACCGACCCACCACCUCAGUCAGAACCGGAACCAUCACAGUUAGGCUUAGGGCUCAAUAGCAACGAUAAGGAUGCUGCCAAUUCCAUGGUGAAGGAGGAGGAGGAGAAGAAGAAGAAGGCGGUGGUGGAGGUGGUUCACCCGUGGCCGGAGUGGAUUGAGCUGAUGGAGAGGUUGGUGGGGCAGAACUACUUCGAUCAUAGGAGGAAAGACGAGGACAGUUUGGUCCAAGAGCUGGGCUUCGAUGCGGCCGAGAUUCCGGGGGUUGAUGAUCCGGGAAUCGAUUUUACCAAGGAUUUCAAGGCCGUGCAGACGGCGUGCCUCAAUUUUGGGAAGGACCGGUUCGAUAUUAUAAGGUCAUUGUCGAGACAGGAUAUUCAAACUUUGGUUGGUUUUGGGUGCCCAAGUGUGGACAAGAAGGUGGUUUUCUCUGCAAAACUUUUGAGGAAGCGCGUCCAACUUGAUGAAGGAGAUGUUUGCAGUUCCUGCAGUUUGAGGAACUCCUGCGAAAGAGGAUAUUUGCUUACCAACAAAGAGGACGAGGCACGGACUAUUGAUAUUAUGCGUGUCCUAUUGGCUUUUGCUUUUGACCCCGUGAACGGAUCAAUAGUCAAUAAGGCUCUUCUGAAACAAAAGUCUAUCAAAAAUGUUGUCCGUAAGUUGUUACAUGAGGUUGUCAAGUUGAGCUCAGUUCCAAUAGACCCCAAUCUUCCUCCUCCAGUAAUAAAAAAGCCCCCACCAAAAGUCAAGCAGGCUCCUCCUCCUCCAAGGAAACGAGUUGGACGUGACGACGUUGAGAUGAAAAAAGGAGACUGGCUAUGCCCCAAGUGUGACUUCUUGAAUUUUGCAAAGAAUACCAUAUGCCUACAAUGUGAUGCCAAACGUCCAAAGAGACAGCUGCUUCCUGGAGAAUGGGAAUGCCCCGAGUGCAACUUCUUAAAUUAUAGGAGAAAUAUGGCAUGUUUUCAUUGUGAAUGCAAGCGCCCGUCUGAUGAAUUUAUGGAGAACAAGAUGCAAGAAAAGCAACGUGGUCCUAGUACAAGGUUGGAGAGGACUGCUCACCGGCAAGAGGUUUCUAAUGCAUGGAAUUUUGAUUUUGAUGACAAUGAAUCAGAUGGGGCAGAUGUUGCUGCUUUUGAGUAUGCGGAUUCUUCCGUUGUGGCUGAAGAUUCUCCUUUAGAUAACCAGGCCCAUGGAGGAAAUUUCAGAGGGCCUGAAGGCAAUUUUAGUAAAGCUAGCAGAGUGCCAAGGGUCCAUGAGAAAGAAUAUUCUGAUGGUGAUACUAAUAGACCUGGGAUGGGGUUUGAUGAUUUUGAGGAUGAAGAAGAUAAUAUUGAUAGUUACGAGCUUGAAAUUCCUCAUAACAAUUCAGCACGGAAGGCUUCUUCAAAUGAAUUUUCCGAGGCUGAAGGGUACUCUGGAUCAGAAGAUUUUGAAGGCAUUAAUAAUAAUGUACCUGCUCGUCGCAGACCAAGUUCCCCAUCUUACAAUAAGCCAUCUAAAUCUAUGCAUCGAAAUGCUGCUUUCUCUGGCUCUGAGGAUGAUUUGGUUUCAGAUGAAGAUCUUUCAGUUCAUCCCAACUGGAAAUCUAGUCAUGUUGCUGAUUCUAGACAGAGAAGUAGAGGUAGAGGUCAAGCAGGUCCCUCCAAGGGAUUAAGCUUUGGUUCUGAUGAGGAACUUGGCCUCUACUCUGAUGUGGAUGAUGAUUUAGACGAGAAUUUCAGAUCCAGGCAAAAGAAUGGGAAUAGAUUGGGUUCUGGGAGGAGGGAUUUCCGGAGGAAAGGAAGUUCUGAUGUUGAAGACGGUCGCUUUUCUGGUCCAGAUUUUGACAAUGAUGAUAUGCGUUCUUCUAGAAAUAGAUUGAGAGGGAAUAAAGUAGAACCUGAUAGAAGACGAAACAACUCUCAAGGUCGUGCCAAUCAUAACUUCACAAGGGACACAAAAUUCAGAUCCAGUAGUAAGAUGGGUAGUGGAAGGAACUCUUUCAAUGAUGAUUUUGAUGAACCGUUCCAAGGGUCUCGAGGUAAUAACCGAGGAUCUCAAAAGACUCGUCAUGAUGGGGGGCGAAAGAGGGAUAGGGAGGGUGAUAUGUGGAACUCUAAGGCGCGUGGAAGAGGAGAUAGUUUUGGGAAGCAGCAGCGUGGAAGGCGGAAUGAAUAUGAUAGGGACAUGGACAGGGAUUCUGGUGAAUUUAAAAACAGUAGGCGUGUUGUAGAAAGAUAGAUCGGAGCCAUGGGAUAAGCAGAAUCUCACUAAUUGGUUAUUCUAGCCUCUGAUAGUUAGCAGAAUAGCAGUCACAAGAUCAAUAUUCGUGAAAGAGGGAAGGAAAACACGUUUGGUUUCCUAUCUGCCACCGCUGUAAAGUAAGUUAGCAAAAUAGCAGAUAUUUGUGGUUCUUUUAAAUUGGCCCGGGUAUCAGAUUGGUCUUAUCCUGGUGAUUUGAGCGUCUGAUUUUAUUUGCCUGCUGGUUGCACAGAAAUGUUGUACCCUUUUUUUGGGGGGGA